GUGACCUCCGCCCCGCCCCUCGCUCCCUCGCGUGGCUCCUCCCGCCACGCCGGCCCUUCUUUUCUCCUCCUUCGGAGUCACAAGAUCUCUCAGCGGCCCCCUUUCGGGAUCCUUCCGCCCGUCCCCGCCCCCCUACCUUCCAAACUCUCCUGAGUCCUUUCCCGAACGGCUCGCAUCAUCAGUAAUGAGCAGGAGGGCCUCUUCCGUCCAACCGGGCUGCCGGCCGCCGUCAUCUGUCACUGGGGUCGAGAAGGAGGCGAGACCCAACUGGGCACUCUUUUUCGUGGCGGAGGCUGCAGCGACCGUGGACCUUUCACGACGGGGGGAGGUGCUGUACGUCCAAGAUGGCGGCGCCCUGUAGGCUGGAGGAACUGUGAGAAUAAUGAAAUUGCCGGGAACAAGAGAUCUCAAGCAGUAGUGUUCAUCAGAACCUCCAUGCACAGAUGUCUAGCCUCACAUGACCAUGAAAGACACCAGGUUGACAGCACUGGAAACCGAAGUACCGAUUGUCCCCAGAACAGUCUGGUAGUGGCACCAAUGAAGAGCCUGCAGAGUCGCUAGUGCACGUCCCGGACCUGGCGCAGCACAGUCGUGUAAGAUAAUGGCCCAGCAAGCGAAUAUCGGGGAGCUCCUGUCCAUGCUGGACUCUCCCAUGCUGAGUGUGCGUGAUGAUGUGACAGCUGUCUUUAAAGAGAACCUCAGCUCUGACCGUGGUCCGAUGCUCGUAAACACCUUGGUGGACUAUUACCUGGAAACCAAUUCUCAGCCGGUAUUGCACAUCCUGACUACCUUGCAAGAGCCACAUGACAAGCACCUCUUGGACAAAAUGAAUGACUGUAUGGGCAGAGCCGCCUCUCGGCUGCCCGCACUGUCGCUGCUGGGGCACGUCAUCAGGCUGCAGCCACCUUGGAAGCACAAACUCUCUCAAGCACCUCUUUUGCCUUCUUUACUCAAAUGUCUCAAGGUGGAUACCGAUGUCGUCGUCCUCACAACAGGUGUCUUAGUGUUGAUAACCAUGUUACCAAUGAUUCCACAGUCGGGGAAGCAGCACCUUCUUGAUUUCUUUGAUAUUUUUGGCCGUCUUUCAUCGUGGUGCCUGAAGAAACCAGGCCACGUGACAGAAAUCUAUCUUGUCCAUCUCCAUGCCAGUGUUUAUGCUCUCUUUCAUCGCCUCUACGGAAUGUACCCUUGCAACUUUGUCUCCUUUCUACGCUCUCACUACAGUAUGAAGGAGAACUUGGACACUUUUGAAGAAGUGGUCAGGCCAAUGAUGGAGCACGUGCGAAUUCACCCGGAAUUAGUGACUGGAUCCAAGGACCACGAACUGGACCCUCGAAGGUGGAAGAGAUUAGAAACACAUGAUGUUGUAAUAGAGUGUGCCAAAAUCUCUCUGGACCCCGCAGAAGCCUCGUACGAAGACGGCGACUCCGUGUCCCCGCAGGUGUCCGCGCGCUUUCCUCAUCGUGCGGCCGAUGUGGCCGCCAGCCCUUAUGUCGACACGCAGAAUAGCUGUGGGAGUGCUACCUCGACCCCUUAUUCCAGCUCUUGGCUGAUGUUGUUAAACAUGCCCGGGCAGCCACCUCAGACUCUGAGUCCCCCAUCGACACGGCUGUUGACUGAGCCGCCACAAGCUACUCUUUGGAGCCCAUCUAUGGUUUGUGGUAUGACCACUCCUCCAACUUCUCCUGGAAAUGUCCCACCUGAUCUGUCACACCCUUACAGUAAAGUCUUUGGUACAACUGGUGGAAAAGGAACUCCUAUGGGAACCCCAGCAACGUCUCCUCCUCCCGCCCCACUCUGCCACUCGGACGACUACGUGCACAUUGCCCUCCGGCACGCCACAGCCACACCCCCCAAGAAGGAAGAGAAAACAGAUUCAGCAAGGCCCUGUCUACACAGACAGCACCAUCUUCCAAACGACAGAGGAUUAGAAGAGCUACCUGGCAGCAAAGGUUCUGUCACUCUAAGUGACCUUCCAGGGUUUUUAGGGGACCUGGCCUCUGAAGAAGAUAGCGUUGAGAAAGCUAGAGAAGAAGCGGCGAUAUCUAAAGAACUCUCCGAGAUCACGACGGCCGACACCGAGCCCCUGGUUCCUCGAGGAGGCUUUGACUCUCCCUUCUACCGGGACAGUCUUCCGGGCUGUCCUCGCAAGAACCAUUCGGCCACCUCUGGUGCUCAGGGUGCCAAUGUGAACCCCGAGCCUUUAAACUCCUCCCUGGACAAGCUUGGGCCUGACACACCAAAGCAAGCCUUUACUCCCAUAGACCCACCCUGUGGAGGCGCCGACGAAAGCCCUGCUGGGAACAGGGAGCACCAGACUUCGCUGGAGACCAACAUCCUCACUCCCAGCCCUUGUAAAAUUCCACCUCAGAGGGGAGUGGGGUAUGGAAGUGGGCAGCCUCCCCCUUAUGAUCAUCUUUUUGAGGUGGCAUUGCCAAAGACCGCCCAUCAUUUUGUCAGCAAGAAGACCAAGGAACUGUUAAAGAAAGCAAAAGGAAAUGCAGAAGAAGACUAUCCGCCCUCAACCUCCCCCGCGGAAGUCCUGGAUAGACUGAUCCAGCAGGGCGCAGAUGCGCACAGCAAGGAGCUGAACAAGUUGUCUUUACCCAGCAAGUCUGUUGACUGGACCCACUUUGGAGGCUCUCCUCCCUCAGAUGAGAUCCGCACCCUCCGUAACCAGUUGCUUUUACUGCACAACCAGUUACUCUAUGAGCGUUUUAAGAGGCAGCAGCAUGCUCUCCGGAACAGGCGGCUCCUCCGCAAGGUGAUCAGGGCGGCGGCGCUGGAGGAACACAACGCUGCUAUGAAAGACCAGUUGAAGUUACAAGAGAAGGACAUCCAGAUCUGGAAGGUUAGCGUGCAGAAGGAGCAGGCCCGGUGCAGCCAGCUGCAGGAGCAGCGAGACACGAUGGUGACCCAGCUCCACAGCCAGAUCCGGCAGCUGCAGCACGACCGGGAGGAGUUCUACAACCAGAGCCAGGAGCUGCAGACGAAGCUGGAGGACUGCAGGAACAUGAUCGCAGAGCUGCGUCUGGAAUUGAAGAAGGCCAACAGCAAGGUGUGCCACACCGAGCUGCUGCUCAGUCAGGUGUCCCAGAAGCUCUCAAACAGUGAGUCGGUCCAGCAGCAGAUGGAGUUCUUGAACCGGCAGCUCUUGGUCCUUGGAGAGGUCAACGAGUUGUAUCUGGAACAACUGCAGAGCAAACACUCAGACACCACAAAGGAGGUAGAAAUGAUGAAAGCUGCGUGUCGGAAAGAACUAGAAAAAAACAGAAGCCACCUUCUCCAGCAGAAUCAGAGGCUCGAUACCUCCCAGAAACGGAUUUUGGAACUGGAAUCUCACCUGGCCAAGAAAGACCACCUUCUUUUGGAGCAGAAGAAAUAUUUAGAAGAUGUCAAAGUCCAGGCGAGAGGACAGCUGCAGGCUGCAGAGAGCAGGUAUGAGGCUCAGAAAAGGAUCACCCAAGUGUUUGAGUUGGAGAUCUUAGAUUUAUAUGGCAGAUUGGAGAAGGACAGCCUCCUGAAGAAACUUGAAGAAGAAAAAGCAGAAGCAGCCGAAGCGGCAGAAGAAAGGCUUGCCUGUUGCAAGGACGGCUGCUCGGAUUCCCUAACAGGGCACAGUGAAGACGCAUCUGGCCACAACGGCGACACCAAGCACCCCCGACCUGGCGGCAGCGCGCGGGCCGGCGGUGCGAGUAGAGGGGGUGGAGCUGGCCGUGGUGGCAGCAGCAGCGAGCUUUCAACCCCGGAGAAACCCCCCAUCCAGAGGGCCGGCCUCUUCAGCAGUCGGUGGGAAACUACUGUGGGAGAGUCUGCCACCAGCAUCCCCACGACUGUCGGCUCCCUUCCCAGUUCAAAAAGCUUCCUGGGCAUGAAGGCGCGAGAGUUAUUUCGUAAUAAGAGUGAGAGUCAGUGUGAUGAGGACAGCGUGACCAUCAGUAGCCUUUCUGAGACGCUAAAGACAGAACUGGGCAAAGACCCGGGUGCGGAAGCCAAGACCCCCCCGAACCUCGACGGCCCGCACCCCUCCCCCCCGAACCUGGACAGUGUUGGACAGCUGCACAUCAUGGACUACAACGAGACUCAUCAUGAACACAGCGAAGGAUGACGGUCACUCAGUGUUAACUUGCAGGUUGCUGGCG